AUGGAUUUCGAAGAAGUCCGAACCCCAGAAGGGGUUCUAAAAGCCCUCUUCCAUCACAUUGCACUACCUGCGAUGCUACCACGAGGGUCUGAAUCUAAUACUGAGGAUAUCGAGCGCGGAAUUCUGGAUCGUCUAAUAAUUGCGGCGAAACUCAUGGAAAACAUUGUAGAUGGCACAUGUUGGCAAAUCUGGAACUCGAUUAGGCGCUCACUCCUAGCUUGCAAAGCUCUGAAUGUUGGUGGAAAGUUGGAAAGAACCUACCUCACAUCGUAUCUCAAAGAACUUCGAGAUUCUGAUCUUAUAAUACUUCAUGUUGGGGCUCAAAAUGCGGGACUUCUUAUUUAUAAGCCUACGAACCCCGAGUUCAGUGGAAACAUUCUCUUCGAGGCAUUCGAGGCCUCGCCUCGAGGCGAAUCGGUACUAGCGUCUCAAACCCUGUCAUGGACAUUUCCUGGCACUGCUGUAUUGAUACCUUCAUCCGUAUUUUAUAGUGAUACGUUCCUUGAAAGCCUCUCAGCGUUUCUAGAGCAGGCCUCGGUUGAAUCUGCUCAGAAAUUUUCGGAAUAUAGUAAAAAGGCGGGACGUGCAUUAGCAGAGGAAAGAGGAACUCCUGAUCCGGCCCUGAUCACAUCUCUUCUCACUGCAAUACUUGAAGCAAAUGGGAAGCGUAUUUCUCCUACGCUUCUUCGGAAAAGGGUCAGAGAUGAUGUGUGCUGGUUUAGCGCGGUGCCCUGGCGAAGGCUUCCUUAUUGGCUUGUACUUCGAGUCGCCAUCUCGCGCUACCUAGCAAUGAUGCUUGGUGGAGCCCAUGGUAGAAUCCAUUACAAGUUUCUGAUGUGCGUUAUUCAUGGUAUGAUACUUAACGACACUCGAGAUGUCAUCCCUUUAGAAGACCAAGCCUUUCUUAAGGCUAAGCUUUGCCGUCGUCUCUUUAAGCUUGAUCGAGAUCGUCUUGAGCAACCCCAAGCUGUUCAAAACUCCUAUACAUUAUUGACCACAGCUUUAACCCCGCGGUUCAACAGAGUACUUGAUGCUACGGCAGCAAGGAUUAAUAGCGCUUGGGAGCAGGAGAAGAAAACCACGGCUAGGCCCAUCCUCCCGUUGCCUCGGAAAGCAAAUCGGCAAGAACAACUUUUAAGCCUAACUUCAAGUCGCCUAUAUCUGGAUAAGGCUCGCAAAAGGUUCCAAGCGACUAUUCCACGUAGAGCACCUCCGAUUCGCACAACGCCUCAACAGCCUAAGGUGCAUAUCCAAGCCUUCGGAAGCAAACUGUUUGGGUUAUUUAACAAAGAAAGCCAACUUCACGCUGCUUCUACUAACGUGUCUACAUACGCUUUAAGUCUGUCAGCACAGGUCCGACAGCUCCACGACGCGAUUCUUGAAUAUAUCGACCAAAUUGACGGUUGUUACGAGAAUAAUGCAGAGCAGAAGAGCAUCAUGCUUCUUACGUUACUGGAGACGUGGAUGUCGCUUGACGAAGCGGCGUGUGCCAUGUUCCCACUUUUGAAUUGUUUUCACCCAGCCUUUACUUCACGAUUGAUGGAAAUACUUCGACUUAGUCUCCUAUCUGAUAUCGAGCGAGCGAGAAAAGUGGAGUCAUAUAUACAGGAUCGAAUUUCUAAAUCUAAAACACGGGCUACGCUUUUUGACGAUCCGUGUAAAGGAUGCUUCGCGGAGAGGUACUUUGACGAAUCCCCCGGCUCCGAUGCGCUCGCGAGCAUACUUGCCGAAAUACAGUUCGACACUAUGCAAAAAAGAGAGGAAAAAGAAAAGGAGUGGAGGUAUUCAAGUGCUGAAUAUGAGAGACUGACAAGAGAAUACGAGUCUUCAACAUGCCUCUACAUCCAAUCACGAGAUGGUUUCCAUUUAGAGCAUGAGCCUCAUUACUGUCCAAAAUGCCAACUUGAUAAAAAGAGAUCUCGUAUGGCAAUUAAAGCUUUCGAAUCGCCAUUACCCGAAAGCCCUGUCAUGGCAAAGGUCAUGGUUUUUGAGCUCAGGUGUCCUGAAGCUCUUGCCCAAUAUCGAGACGCCACAUGGGCGAUCUUGUAUCGCGUCGCAAGGCAAAGUCAGGAUUCAGGAGUCGAACCGAAGCUAUGCCUUCAAGAGUAUUCGGGGUUACAGUUUUAUGCAAAGGUUCCUGGACGUAUAACCCUUGCAUCAACCACCAAAUCUUUUCUGAUGACUCAUUACAAAGAGCGAAGGAAGUUUCCAGUUGAGCUUGAUCAAGUUUGCCUUCCAAAUGGUCUUAAGCUUGCAUACUUCGACAAGGCUACUCGUUCUUGGCCUGGUCGCAGAGAAAUCCGUCCAACUUUUGAGCAUCAUUGUAAACUAACACUGCCCAAAAGCUCACCAUUUUCACCACUUCUUGAGUCACAAAGCUUCAACGUCUAUGGAAAUGGGCCAACUUCUUAUGAAAUUGCGGCGUCUCCUUCAUCCUGUCCCUCCAGCCUUAGUAUACACGAGUACAUGGCAUUCCAAUUUCUUCUAUCCGGAAAGCGUCGUCGGUGGAUGACUCUUUUAACAGAGCUUGGGUCUUCGAAUCUUAACCUUUCUACAGAAACGACUGUCCUUUUAUUUGACUACUUAGCACACCAGAUGGGCCCCUCGGAAAAAAGUCAAGCGAUUCUUGGAACUGUGCACUAUAUCUUUCGCGAUACCUCCUUCUGCGAAGCCAUGCUCCAACAACUCCGAAUUAAGUUAGAAGCCGUCGCUUCCAAUUGGCGUGAAACUCACCUUAUGGAGAUUGUCAUCAUGUUGGCGCUGAGACUACUCGCGUUUACAACGCCUUUCGCAGAUACGAACCACUUGGCGUCAAAGGCACUAUCCCUCCUUCUUGAAGCGAGACAAAUAACCUUCCAAUGGGUUAGAAUGCUACGGAAGGAGAUGUAUUGUGCGAGUGACCUUAGUAACGCACAGAACUGCCAGUCAUAUCUCCUAUGGGCUGCUAUCCUCUGCAAGAGAACGUUUGCUUUUCUCCAGAUAUCAACGACUGAAGACCUCAAUAAGGACGAACUUUCUACAUUCCUAGAAUGUAGUGUAACAGUCUACGACAAUAUUCCAGACAAUAUUUCAUCCCUUGGGCAAAUAUUGAAGAAUUCAUUCGUUCGAGACUUGAGAAUGAUGUACGAGCUUAAAGAUCAAAUAAGGAGGUCCAUCGAGAUUCAUGGGCACGAUGCUCUUCUUGCUACAUUACUAGUUCUAUGGCCUGCCGCCGAAUCAAAGUACAUUUAUAGCGUCAGUUUCCAAGCUGAAAACUGGGUUCAAGUUGACUUAGUUGAUCAAAAUGGAAUUGAAACUGCGAGCUACAACUACCUUUUUGGUAUCUUGCUAGUAAAUGGGCAGCCACUUGGUAAACUCCCAACUGAUCCUGAGAGUACUAUUAUACUUGAGGAGCUAUUUGGAAGCCAGACUAGUCUCAUGAAGUUCCCAUCAUCCAGUCCGGGAAUGACGCAUGUUUUGGCCUUCGAAAAAGAAGGCUACCAUACCCAUAUAGGGUAUGAUGGAGGAGAGACCAUAAUCCGCGCCAUUAAAGGCUCACAAGUUUUGGAACUCGUUCCAAGAAAGAUAUUUCGCGAUGGACAUUAUUUCGACCUUCCCGCACCUCUGAUUGACAAUUGCGUCCAUUGGCUUGACCUUGUAUCUGGCAUCAUCGAAAUCCGACAGAAGUCGAAAAAUAUUUGGCGCUCGCACCCAAACAACUGGAGAUUGGAUGUUACGACUUCGAUAUGUACACGAUUUACACCCAACAAAAAAAGUAAAGAAACUCUGGUAGACCCAUAUUGUCCUCUAUUCGUGCGUGUGUCGAAGAUAUUCGCAUGGUUUGAGCACGCAGCGCAUUUGACCGUCUACCAACCUGGCAACCAUGCGCUCACCGUCGAAAUGCCCCGUAUGCAGCUAAAAUGGUUCGUAAACACGAAAAAUUUACUACAAUCCUCACAUCUACAGGCCGAAAUAGAUCCUUGCCAAUCUAUUGACACAUGGCAUGGGUUCGACAGCAAACUUGUUUGUCGCAGCUUGAAGGAUCCUCUUGAGCGUUUCGUUCUUGUUCCGUUAGGCAUGCUGAGGGCAAGAAAAAGGGGCUGCCAUGUUCAAGUAUGCGUGGAAUUGCACGAUAUGCAAACAGCAGUAUAUCUCCGCUUCAUGGUUAACAAAACACUUGGCCGCAUAGAAUCUGCAGCGGAGCCUGGAUUAGUAUACAAGAAGGCCGAAAUACAUGCACUCACAUCUUUCAUCCUCCCCGACGCUCUGACAGGUCUAACAGGAGUUGAGAGCUCUCUUGCUAUUUUAACUUCUGGGAUAUCUCAGCCAUGGUCACCCUUGACGGUUCUUCCAACCAAUAUUCUACAUUCCAUUUGGAAGCUUUCACCGGUUCGAGAAUACUACCCUCCAGAACUAAAAGUCAUGAAAAAGGAUGUGUGGGAUCAGAAUUUACCUACGAUGAUUCAGCGAGAAGAGUUUCGCAUAAUUGUUUCUCAGAUCAUCUCACAGUCCAAUAGGCUAGCAGCAUUCUAUUCUCGCGGGAUACAGGAUCUUCAGAAGCCUGAGAUACCGGAAUUCCCCCCGUCCGGUGACCAUGACUUAAACCUACGCAGUCUACACCGCCGACGACAGUACGAGAGGCGUUCAAACUAUGAGCUACCAUUAAACUAUCCUGACGAUACAGUUUACGAGGCCAGACAUUAUCCUCAUGCCAUGAGUCUGCGUUACUCGAAUGUCCUCGAAGCGCUCUAUAUAGUCCGCGACAAACCGGCAUUCAUGUCCACAGUGGAAGAUCUCGCACUAAACUUAUCGCAGUCACUUCAUAUCAAGGGUUAUAAGCAAAUUCUCGAAAAGAUAACACUGCAAGAGCGUCUUAAUACCGACGUACGCCGCGAAUGGGGCCCAUUAGUUGAUGUGGUCAAAGAAAUGCGCGACCAGUACAAGCUUAUGUUCUUCAUAGGCGUAAUAUCAUUUAGGUCAGACGCAAAUAUGCCUCUAAUUAGAACUCUCAUUGCAUUUUCACUUUGGGAUCAGCUUCAGUCCUUAGCUCUACCUGGCCAUGCGGAAUACCAUAGUUUCCGACCGCGCGAAAUACCACAACUCGACGUUCUGGUCAAGCUCAUUGAGCCAUUCCAAGUGCCGCCACCAGAUGAUCCGCCUUUAAAGGAGUUUGCAAGUAGUAAGGAUCAAAGGAAGCUCUGGCAAGCGAAAGCUGCCCAUGCUCGCAAAGCGAAAGAAGACUGCGAGAAGCUCGCAAAAUCCUUAAUAUCGAAGUGGCCUACCAUAACUCCAAGCACAGAUAUCAACGAUGUACAUCUGGUCGACAUACCUGCGGCAUUGGAAAAGCUGGAGUCUGAGUGGGAGAGGCUAUACCACAAUCACGAGUUUUAUAAUCACCUCCAAGAAGUUCAGAAAGUUCUAUGCCAGAGACAUUCAGACGCAAAGUUCCAAAGGGCAGACUUUAUAUCUUCUGAGGUAGCGUACGCUAUCCAACAACCGGGCUACAUACUACCCGAACUUGGAAAUGAUUUAAUGAAGAUGCCUAUCAGCGAAGCUAGGGGGCAUCCCGAACCCCCGUCAUAUGAUUUUAGGGGGCGUAAAAAACAACUUGAAGCACCUGCUUAUGGUCGUCUCCAAGAUCCUGGAGCUUCAUAUGAGUUGGAUCAAAUUAUCGAAACCUUUUCCAAAUCAAAAUCAAUCAUCCAUCAGAGGUAUGCCAGCGAUCUAAAGGAAAGUUUAAAUGCAUUUAAUGCCCGUAGCACGCAGACUGCAUUAUGCUCAGCAUCGUCUUCCUUCAAUGAGUACCUUACACUAUCAUAUCUUCAGGGAAAUGUAAAAAGGCACCUAGCGGAGAUUAAAUCAGCUAUAGAGCUGCCGAGUGAUGCUUACUCUAGGAAGCAGAUUUGGUGGCUCCAACAGGGGCAAUUGUGGCCUGCCAUUACUCCAAUCACUAUUCUCGAACAGCUCCGAACGACCACGAAGCGCCUAUUUGGGCGUGGGACGAAGGAAAAACUUCUUAACUUCGCCGUAUCAAUUACAGAUUUGCAACGAAAGAUGCGAAUGCAAUCGUAUCAGCUUUCGAAAGAAAAUGCUCGCUACGAAGAAGAGAGACUAAACGUGGGGCACCGUAACUGGCGCAUCGAGGAGUACCCUGACUGGCUAUUGCUGGAGGUUGAGUCUAACCUACUUAUUCGUGAAACUCAAGUCGAAGUUGCGUUAGCAAUAAUCUCACCGGAAUCUCAAGCAAAUAGUGUCCUUCAGCUAAACAUGGGCCAGGGCAAGACAUCUUGUAUCAUCCCGAUGGUUGCAGUGCUACUCGCCGACAGCAAGAACCUUGUACGAGUUUCAGUGCCCAAAGCUCUUCUACAUCAAACAGCACAGCUACUCCAUGGGCGAUUAGGCGGUCUCGUAGGCAGAGAGAUCAGCCACGUACCAUUUUCUCGAAAAACACCAACCAAGGAAGAUCAUAUCAAGUUAUUCCAUAGGAUACAUCGCGAUAUUCAGAGAAAACGUGGAAUUAUGAUUUGCCUUCCUGAACACCAAAUGUCAUUCAUGCUAAGCGGUCUUCAGCGUGUUUUGGAUCAACGGAUACCCGAAGCUAGCAUGAUGGUUCGCGUGCAAAAGUGGUUGCAAUCCUGUGCCCGGGACAUACUGGAUGAGAGUGAUCAUACUUUAGCGGUGAAGACACAACUGAUCUACCCUUCCGGGUCGCAAACGUCUGUCGAUGGACAUCCACACCGUUGGCUUGUAGUCGAGCAGAUUUUGGCCCUGAUGGACAUGCAUCUAUACGAUCUUACUAUCAGCUUUCCCCAAUCAAUAGAAGUCGUAAGACGUGAGCACGGGGGUUUCCCUUUUGUUUUUUUCCUCCGGCCAGAUGCUGAAGAAGAAAUGAUCAAGAGACUCAAAUUCGAUGUUUGCCGUGGUACCAGAGGCAUUCUACCGAUAGACACCCUCGAUCCAGUUGAUCGACUAGCCAUUAAAGAGUUUCUCUCUGGAAGCAAGCCUCGUCAGUCCAGUUUGGAUCGAAUCAAUCGUUUAUGCCCAGAUCGACCACAUAUCCGGCAGACAGUGCAUCUACUACGAGGACUUUUUGUCCAUCGCAUUCUAAUUAUGGCACUUAAAAAACGAUACGGAGUCCAAUAUGGAUUGCAUCCCUCUAGAGACCCUGUGGCGGUCCCUUUCCAUGCCAAGGGGGUUCCAAGCGAACAAUCGGAAUUCGGACAUGUCGAUGUGGCUAUCCUGUUAACUACAUUGGCUUUUUACUAUAGUGGUAUCAAUCUACCACAAACCCGCCAAGCCCUAGAAGCUGUCUUGAAAUCAGAUGAUCCCGCUUCUGAGUAUGAUAAGUGGACUGAGGAUGAGGGUUUCCCAGAUUAUUUAAGGGACUGGAACUCAAUCAACGUUGACGACUCUCAGCAGAUGACUCAGAUUUGGAGUUGUGUUCGGUUCAAAGUUCCCGUCAUCGACUACUUUAUGAACAAUUUUGUUUUCCCACCGCAUGCGAAACAGUUCAAAGUUCGAUUACAAUCGAAUGGCUGGGACAUCCCUCUUUUUUCUCACGCACAAUCUGACAUUUCGGCCAAGAAUACGUCGUUAAACAAGUCACGAGGACUUACAACUGGAUUCUCCGGCACAAACGACAUCAAGUCACUUCUGCCCCUUACGAUUAAACAAGACGACUUACCCUCAUUAUCGCAUACGAAUGCGGAGGUACUUACGUAUCUCCUGCAGCAACGGUCAAGGAAGUAUGUUGUUAUGGCUGAUCAUAAUCAGAAGCGUCUCGGCGAAACCCAAUUCUUGCAAAUGCUUAAAAGAUUUGAUAAAAAUAUCCGUAUCUUGAUCGAUUCCGGAGCCCAAAUCUUGGAACUAUCCAACAAGGAGUUGGCCGAACACUGGCUAAGAAUAAAUGGAGAGGCCGCUGCUGCACUCUACUUCGAUGGGGAUAGCCCAUUCAUCCUUUCUAAGCAGAACACGAGGACCCCAUUACUUGCCUCGCCCUAUGCAGACAACCUUGAUGAGGUACUUGUAUAUCUUGAUGAGGCUCAUACACGGGGGACCGAUCUCAAGUUCGGAACAAAAGCACGUGCCGCCCUCACCCUUGGCUUAGGCCAGACGAAAGAUCAUACCGUACAAGCCGCAAUGAGAUUACGACAGCUCGGAACAACACAGUCUGUUAUAUUUUUUGCGCCCCCUGAAGUCAACCAGAGUAUUCGAGACCUGUGUAAUAAAAAAGAUGGCGAACGAGUAGAUUCAUACGACGUGAUCCGCUGGCUUAUCAAUAAUACCUGUGAUGGAAUUGAGCAACUGCAGCCCCUAUUCUAUUCCCAAGGAACGGAUUUCUGCAAUCGAAUGCAGGCAGCAGAAGAUUUUCCAGGUUUCCUAGUCAAUGACGACGACAGGACAGCUUUUAUUGAUGCAAUUAAACAUAAAGAACGACAAACACUGCAGCAGCUUUACGGGAUUCAACCUAGAUCAAAGACGAACACAUCCGCGAAAUCAAAUGCCAUAAUUGCAAGCUUCGCUAAGGAACUCGAAUCUCGCAAGAAAAACUUCCAAGAUAGUGGCCAGGCUGUUCACUCUUCGGUCCUACAAGAGGUUGAACAGGAGCGAGAGACCGAGAUUGAGGUUGAGGCGGUACGUCAAGUCAAAAAGCCUAUGUCUUACACACCUCUCAAGUUCCCUGGGCUCCACAGGGAUCUAGAGACUUUUGCCAGGACUGCCAGGAUUUCUGCCGGGUCAGAUACCUUCGUCCCUGUCAUGAGAGCUCUUGCGAGGACCGCACUUGGAAGGAAGCAUAAGGUAAACCACGAAGCCGGCUCUUCCCAGCUAUUUGUCUCGAGUGAAUUCGAACGGACGGUUAAGUUGAUCUUUGAAGCGGCGAAUGACAAUUUCUUGCGCCCUGUGCAGUGGGUUCUUUACGCAAAUUCUCCAGAAGCAGCCAUUAUUGUCACGCCUGAGGAAGCUGAGCAUUUGAUCCAAAUCCUUCAAGAAAUAGAAAAGGAGAAACGGGGAAGCCCAACCCGUCUUCUAACAUAUGCAGCCCCCGUUACUCGGCGGAUGAUGCAUUUCAAUAAGCUAAACUACUAUUCUAUGCCACCUCUUCCCCCGAACUGGAAGCCCUCGGAAUGGCUCACCACUGAGCUUGGCUUCUUCGCCGGUAGGCUGUACUUCGAGUUCUCAGAAUACGACAGUAUCUGCAGGAUGCUUGGCAUAGAUGUGUCUAACCCUGGGAUCGAUGAAUUUGACAGCUCCGAAACGGAUACCACGGAGCGACAGAUAACCUCCACCACCGAGAAGUCCAGUAUAGCGACGUCACCGAACUCUAACGAAGCACGCAAGGUUGUUGAAAGUUCCUCAAACGAGAAGCAUUUAAAACCCAAGCGCUUCGCUUCAGCUCUCACGUCAAAGCCUUACACAUUCACUCAGGAAUACUUAGCUGCUCGCCGACGCGGGCAGGACUUUACGCAUACUCCCAUGGGGUUCUUGAGCAGCGGAAAACCAUUAACCGCGGAGAGUCCUUUCUUCCGUCGCGCGGAUACCACCCGACGUAGUCAGGGUCUAGUGCCCGUUGGAAUAGCCCAAGCUGACAACGAAGAGGGAGACGCAGCCGAAGACAUGAUGGAUCUUGGAAAUUACGACCCUUCAGCAGAAGUGAAACAUGAUGAAGAGCACAUUGCAAUAGAAUAUGACGAAUCUGAGUUGCACCCCUUGGAGGAGGAGGAAGAUGACUCUGGCACCGAGGCUCAGCGCCCUGGAAAGGACGGUAGACGGCGAUCUACUGAUAAGAAUUCUAAACGAGGUGGAUUUACCGUGGGUUAG